AAAAAAAAAAAAAAAAAAAAAGUAAAAUUGAAACGUGGAUAUUUCCUACAUUGCUACCGAAGUGAUAUUUAUUAUUUUGAUUUUCGGAGUUAGAAAUCUUGUGUAACGGACACGCUAGCAAUUUUCGGCAAAAUGGAUACUUCGCUGACUGCCAAGCAAAUCCGGAACAUGUUUCUGGAUUUCUUCAAGGAAAAGGAACAUCUGUAUGUGCAUUCGUCGUCGACGAUUCCGUUGGACGAUCCAACGCUGCUGUUUGCCAACGCCGGGAUGAAUCAAUUCAAGCCGAUUUUUCUGGGAACGGCCGAUCCCAACAGCGAUAUGGCAAAGUGGGUUCGAACUGCUAAUACCCAGAAGUGUAUUCGUGCCGGCGGCAAGCAUAAUGAUCUGGAUGAUGUCGGCAAGGAUGUUUAUCAUCAUACAUUCUUCGAAAUGUUAGGCAACUGGUCGUUUGGGGAUUACUUCAAGAAGGAAAUCUGCACAUGGGCCUGGGAACUGUUAACCGAUCGGCUAAAGCUUCCAAAAGAUCGACUGUACGUAACAUACUUUGGAGGUCAUCCAGAAUCAGGUCUGGAGCCGGAUUUGGAGUGUCGCGAAAUUUGGUUGAAGUUGGGCGUUAAGGAAGAACAUAUUCUACCCGGAAGCAUGAAGGAUAAUUUCUGGGAAAUGGGAGAAACGGGUCCGUGUGGACCGUGUUCGGAGCUGCAUUUUGAUCGAAUUGGAGAUCGCAGUGUUCCGGAACUGGUCAACAUGGAUGAUCCAGAUGUUUUAGAAAUUUGGAACCUUGUCUUCAUUCAAUAUAAUCGCGAGCAGGACGGUUCUCUGAAAUUAUUGCCUAAGAAACACAUCGACUGUGGUCUAGGCUUCGAGCGACUGGUCUCUGUGAUCCAAAACAAACGAUCGAACUACGAUACGGAUGUUUUUGUGCCGUUAUUUGAAGCUAUUCAGCAAGGAACUGGUGCUCCGAGUUAUCAAGGGCGAGUCGGUGCAGAAGAUGUUGAUGGUGUUGAUAUGGCUUACCGAGUGCUAGCGGAUCAUGCCCGAACGAUAACGAUUGCCUUAGCUGAUGGUGGUUUUCCUGAUAAUACUGGUCGCGGCUAUGUACUGAGAAGAAUUCUUCGUCGCGCCGUUCGUUACGGCACCGAGAAGCUUAAUGCCAAACCUGGAUUCUUCGCUACUCUCGUUGACACAGUUGUGUCACUUCUGGGGGAAACCUUCCCGGAGGUUAAAAAGGAUCCUCAGCAUAUCAAAAACAUAAUCAACGAAGAGGAGCAGCAAUUCCUUAAAACUCUAUCACGUGGUCGUAAUCUGUUGAACCGUACCAUUGCCAAACUCGGUGAUAGUAAGAUCAUUCCAGGAGAUGUCGCAUGGCGUCUGUACGACACUUACGGAUUCCCGGUCGAUCUGACUCUACUGAUGGCCGAAGAGAAGAGUAUGACCAUCGAUAUGGAGGGCUAUGAGAAGGCGAAACAUGAGUCGUACAUUCUUUCCCAGGGCAAAGAAAAAUCGAAAUCAGCGACAGUCGAUUUAGAUGUUCAUGCUAUUUCGGAGCUGCAGGAGAAAAAUGUCCCCACAACGGAUGAUUCUUUCAAGUAUCGCUACAAAGCAGACAGUGUUGACCCGUUGGCAGAGUACCGGUUCGAGUCUUGCAAUGGAAAGGUCCUGGCACUUAGAUACAAUAAUGCAUUUACCGAUGAAGUCCAAUCCGGUCAAGAGUGUGCAGUAAUAUUGGAUAAGACUAAUUUCUAUGCCGAAAGCGGUGGACAAAUCUACGAUCAGGGUUAUUUAGUGAAGGUCAACGAUGAAAACACCGAGUUCAAUGUCAAUUUAGUGUACAACCGGGGCGGUUACAUUCUUCACAUUGGUGUAGUGGAAGGGGUGUUGCGUGUUGGGGAUGAGAUUGCUUGUCACAUUGACACGAUUCGACGCCAACUGACGAUGAAGAACCACUCUGCGACGCAUGCUUUGAAUCAUUCGCUGCUGAAAGUUUUGGGACAGGACACCGAUCAACGCGGUUCUUUGGUAGUACCGGAAAAGCUGCGAUUUGAUUUCACCAACAAAUCGGCCAUGACUAUUGAACAGGUUGCUGAAGCGGAACGACUGACGCGCGAUGUAGUUAAAAAGAAUGUUCAGGUCUACGCGAAGGAAGCAAAUCUCGCUGUAGCCAAGACAAUCAAUGGUCUGCGAUCGGUAUUUGAUGAGGUAUAUCCGGAUCCGGUGCGUGUUAUUUCGUUUGGUGUCCCAGUUGAGGAUCUCGAAGCACAGCCAGAUGGUGUUGCUGGGUCUGAAACAUCGGUGGAAUUCUGUGGUGGAACCCAUUUGCAUCAGUCCGGUCAUAUUGUGGAUUUUGUCAUUACGACCGAAGAAGCAAUUGCCAAAGGCAUUCGUCGGAUUGUUGCCUUAACUGGCCCGGAAGCCCUAAAAGCUCUUAAAAAGACGGAAUUGUUUGAAAACGAUCUGAAUGCGCUCAAAUCUACCAUCGAUGCCGAUAAAACAGGAAAAGAUUCUAAGGAACAUGUGAAAAAAAUUGUUGAACUAACGGAAGACGUUUCGCAGGCAGUCAUUCCAUACGUCAAAAAGGACGAAAUCCGAAACGUGCUGAAAUCGUUGAAGAAAACUUUAGAUGACAAGGAACGCGCUGCCAGAGCCGCCGUUUCAAUCGAAGUAGUGGAGAAAGCUAAGGAACUAUCGCUGGCCAACAAGGAUGCCCCGUACUUGGUGCAUCGGUUGGAAGCUUUCAACAAUACUAAGGCGCUCGAUUCCGCUCUGAAGGAGGUUCGCAAAAUUAACGCCGAUCAGUCGGCUCUGUUCGUUUCGUCCGACCCGGACUCAAAAAAGAUCUUCUGUUUAGCAUCGGUUCCCAAAUCGGCCGUCGAAAAGGGGCUAAAGGCAAACGAUUGGAUCUCGCACAUUUCGCCCAGUCUGGGAGGUAAGGGCGGUGGAAAACCUGAAUCGGCACAGGCUUCCGGUGCCAACUACGACAGGGUGGAGGAAAUUUUGGAACUUGCUCGCCAGUUUGCUGCUUCCAAACUAUCGUAAGGCGGUACAAUGUGAUCGACUGAUGGGGCGAAUGUCGAUACCGGAAGUGCAUUUGACGGAUUUUGAAUCAUUUUAUCUUCAUUCGGUAGAUAAGUUUCGUCACGUUUAAAUUAUACAUCGCUUUUAUUCAUUUAUUCAAUUCGGAAGAUCAGCUUUGCAUUGGAGCUCAUUGGAAUUCAAAUAAAAGCUUGCUUUUAGGUAAAUCAUUGGUUCAAAAAUAGUUAUAUCACAUUCCCAUUGCAAAGCAAGUAUUUCACAACCUUUUAAAUUUCGUCUGUGAUCCGAAAUUCGGAUCUAGUACUUGAGUUUUAUUUACUAAACUGGUCGUUGAUUCGUUUGUAAAUAAUUUGCAAGUAAAACAUUCUAAAUCGUAGGAGGGAGAGAAACUCGAUUGUGACUACAAAUCCUACACAAUAUAAAACUGAUAAGCAAAACCGGAGCAAUCGUUUCAAUAAAAGCUAUAGUAUCCUUGAACUACUCAAA